AAACAUCAAUUUAUAACUUUGUUUUGUAUUAAGAGUUAUUAAGAAUGUUUUGUAUACAUCUUUAACAAAACAUUCUUAAUAAACUAUACUUUGGAACAAAUAUUUGCUGGGUAAAAACAAAAUGGCAGUUAACAUAGUUGGUGUCUCUGGCAUUAUAAUGUUUUACGUAAUCAUUCUUGUUAUCGGACUUUAUGCCGCACGCAAAAGAAAUUUAAGCAGAAGAAAACUUUCAAUCAAUGGUAACCCCGAAGAUCAGCCUGAGAAGAACGAAACCAGCGAAGUAAUUCUUGCUGGAAGGAAUAUUGGCAUUAUCAUCGGAUCCUUCACAAUGACCGCAACAUGGGUCGGAGGAGGAUAUAUUAACGGAACAUCUGAAGUAGUAAACAAAAGAGGAUUGGCUUGGGCUCAGUCAUCUUGGGGAUAUUCUUUAAGUUUGUUAAUAGGAGGUUUCUUAUUUGCAAAAAUAAUGCGACAGAGAGGAUAUGUUACAAUGCUUGACCCGUUUCAAGAAAGAUACGGAUCACGUAUUGGAGGUUUGAUGUAUUUUCCUGCAUUUCUUGGAGAGUUGCUAUGGUCUGCUGCUACGUUAAACAGUUUGGGUGCAACCAUUAGUGUUGUAUUGAGUCUUGAUAUAAACGUUUCGGUAAUCGUUUCAGCGUGUAUUGCAAUAUUUUAUACUUUUUUUGGUGGUCUGUGGUCUGUUGCUUACACAGACGUUGCUCAGUUGGUUUGUAUGUUUAUAGGAAUGUGGAUCACAAUCCCAUUUGCGUUAACUCACAAGUCUGUUAAAAGUAUAUCUCUUACAACUGAUCAUUGGGCUGAAGGUUGGGUAUGGAGUGAGGCUGGCAUUUGGAUUGAUUACGCUCUUUUAUUGAUAUGUGGUGGGAUCCCAUGGCAAGUAUACUUUCAACGUGUUUUAUCAAGUAAAUCAGAAAAACAAGCUCAAUAUUUAUCCUUUGCUGCAGCAGCUGGAUGUCUUUUAAUGUCAAUACCAUCAAUAUUAAUAGGAGCAGUUGCUUCCUCAACCGAUUGGAAAAAAACUGGUUACAAAGAAGUGGCAACGAUACGUAAUGAUGUGCUAGAGUUUGAAUACCAAAAAACAAUGCCGUUAGUUUUGCAGUACCUUACUCCUCCGGCUAUCUCAUUUAUAGGUCUCGGAGCUGUUUCAGCUGCUGUCAUGUCUAGUGUUGAUUCUAGUGUUUUAUCUGCAAGCUCUAUGUUUGCUCAUAACAUAUAUAAAAUGUUUCUUCGACCACAGGCACGAGACAAAGAAAUGGUUUGGGUUAUAAGAGUGUCAAUCUUAGUAAUUGGUAUCAUUGCUACAGUUAUUGGACUAACAGUCAAAUCGAUAUAUGGAUUGUCCAUUUUAUGUUCUGAUCUUAUAUAUGUUGUUUUAUUUCCUCAAUUAGUUUGUGUUCUUUAUUUUCGCUAUGCCAAUUCAUACGGAGCACUUGCGUCAUUUUUUGUAGGAAUGAUACUAAGAUGCCUUGGAGGAGAAGAUAUGCUUGGUAUGAGUGCAGUUAUAAAGUAUCCUUAUUUUGAUAAUGCAAAUAACAUACAAAAGUUUCCAUUUCGCACGUUUUCGAUGCUUGUAUCAACGUUUGUUUUAUUGACAACGUCAAUUAUUGUCCAUUUGCUUUUUGAAAAAAAAAUCGUUCCUUUAAAAUACGACUACGCAGGAUUUUUUGCUUCGCCUAUAAAACCAUUUUGUAUAAAUGAUAUGAUUGUGACGUCAGGUGUGGAGGUAUCAAAUUCAAAUAAAAAGUUUGAAGACAUGAAAAAUGAAGAAACCGAGCUGAUUCAUUGUGCAAACGAGGAAAAUGAUAUAGACCAAAAAUUGGAAAAAAAUAGAAAAUGUAAUGAAGUUAAUAGUUAAUUACAGAACUAUACAUAACUAAUUUAUACUAACUUCUGAAAGUUUAAGACGAAUCAAAUUAGUCAUAGCUUAGAUAGACUUAGACAAACAUUAUUUAUUGAUUUAUUUCAUUAUAUAAAAACUAUAAGUUGUAUAAUACUUGUAAAAUUUUACAUUUCUUUUAAAAGCUAACAUUUAAUUAGAAGAAUUUAAAUAGUGUUUGGAACAUUCAUAUCUCAGGUACAAA